UUUUAAUGAUAAAAUUUGUUAACCUAGAAGGAUAUUCGCUAGAGGCAAUCGCAUAUUCAUCCCAUUUGAAAAUUGGCAAUGGGAAAUCCGCGAGUUUUCUUGGAGAUCACCAUCGCGAGCCACAAGGUGGGGCGAAUCGUGAUGGAGCUCUACAGCGACACCACGCCAAAGACGGCCGAGAACUUUCGGUGCCUGUGCACGGGCGAGAAGGGCGUGGGCAAGCGCGGCAAGCCCCUCUGCUUCAAAGGCACGCCCUUCCACCGCGUCGUUCCGGAGUUCGUCGCGCAGGCCGGGGACGUGAUCGAGGGGAACGGAACGAGCGGCGAGUCCAUCUACGGGCCAAAGUUCCUGGACGAGAGCUUUGAGCGCAAGCACACGGGUCCCGGGAUCCUGUCCAUGGCCAACGCCGGCCCAAACACGAACUCCUCGCAGUUCUUCGUCACGCUGGGAGCCGCACCGUGGCUGGAUGGCAAGCACGUCGUCUUUGGCCGCGUUGUCGAUGGAAUGAAUGUGUUGAAGGCCAUCCAGGCCGCUGGAACUCUCGGGGGCAAGCCUUGGAAGAAAAUCGUCAUCUCCAACUCUGGACAGCUCUAGACGAAGCCUCUGCCUUCUCAGUUUCCCUGGAGAUCUUUUUCUUUUUUUCUAGCAGGUUCUCUUGCAUUCCCUGGAUAUCUUUCUUCUUCGUUCAAUCUCUGGAUAUCUGUCUCUUGGAUAUCUUUUCUUCUGGAGUAUCUUUCUCUUCUUCCAUGGAUAUCUGUCUCUCCAUCCCUCUCUGCAGAGCUGAAAACCUGUAGAGACUAAAACUAUGCGUGCUAAAGCCCGAAUGCCCCAAGCCUCUUACAAAACGAAGAAGAAAAAUGUAGAAGUCGUUCGCUAGACUAUAUUGCUGUUACCUAUUAUCCUUCUAAACCAUCAAAACUAGGCAGCCAACUAAAAUGGUACCUCGGCUCCGCUGUACACCUGUUUUUUUUUCUUUCCCCACCCAGUACUAGUAUCGACCACCAAAACUCUGUGACUCUCGAGUGCUCCGGCAGUAAUUCCACACGGUGAAGGGAAUUGCAAGCAACCAAGAAACACAAAGUUUACCUUUCACGAGAAAACUUCCGCGAGAG